AAACCGCUUUAGCAUUGCUAGCGCUAGCUGCUGUCUGUAAACGCGUCUGUAUGAACCUCAUAACUUCAUAAAUUAAUCACCAAAUCGCUGGGGUUUGUAGGAAAGAGUGGUAUAAUGCGCAUUUUUCUUUAGUGCUUGCUGAAAUCUGCAAAUAAUUAUGCCUCAGAGCGGGACAUCAUCAUCCACACGACUGUCCAGUAACAGUGCUCAUACGCGCCGCUACCGCACACGCGCCCUCACUUCCCAAGUGGACGAGACUCUUUUUGGACCAGUAAAACAGGCUGCAUGUGAAGUUAAGAACCUUGCUAAUGGUGACUCCAGAACCCAGUCUCGCUCCGCUCCGGCCACCAAGGCACAAAACUCUGAGACAAUCCGUGUCAUCACCAAGGACCUCAUCAGGGACAUCAGAAUUCCCAGUAAGGACCCAUCCGGACAGUCCGUCAUCCUCUGCCCGGCUGAAAUCAAGCGCAUCAUGGGUAAGUCUCGUGUGCUCACGAAAGAGGAGAAGGAAGCUGCACUGGAGACGCAGCGCCAAGCUCGGGAAGAGGCCAUGAAUGCUGCUGAGGAGAGGAAGGUGCUCAUGCAGCAAGCAGACGUGUCCCGUCAGAAGAACCAAGCCCUUAGCGACCUGGAAACUGAGGCUAGGGAGCGUGCUCAGUACUUACUGGAGAGGGCAAACGCACUGAGAAUGGAACAAGAAGAUGAGAUCAAGAAGCUUAAUGAGCUGAUUCAGGGGGCGCAAUGCCAUGCGGUGAGGGACGUUCAGAUUCAGGAGAAGAAGCAGAUUCUGUCUGAGUUGCAGGAGGAGGAGCGUAGGCUGGAUGCCAUGAUGGAGCUGGACCGUCGGCGGGCCCUUGAGGUUCAGGAACAGAUUGACGAGCUACGCAAAAAUCAGAGGAUUCAGGGGAAGAUGUGCAUCCUGAAACAGAUUGAGGAGCGUCAGGAGGAGCACAUGCUGCAGGAGGAGUUGAAAGAACAGGAAGGGCAGCAGAUGCUGGAGAACCUGGAGAAGUUGCAGAUGGAGGAGUUGGAGGCUAUGGAAAAGAGGAAAGCGGAGCAAAGAAGGCUUCAGCUGGAAAUUAUGAAAAUCAAUGAGGAAAGUCUGCUUGCCAAGGAGCGCAGGAAAGAAGAGGAGAGGCUGGCUGACCUUCGUGCUCUGGAAUAUGCGCGCAAGAAACUGGUACGAGAGGCAGAGUAUGAGGCUGAACAGAGACGAAUAAAGAAAGAGAAGGAGAAAGAAGUGGCACGACUGAGAGCGCUCCAGGAAAGAGAGAGAGACCAUAAAGCUGAACAGGAUGCGCUCAGGGCUCGUAGGAACCAGGAGGCUGCUGAAAGGGAAUGGAGAAGGAAAGAGAAAGAGCAGACCAAGAAAAAGCUGGAGGAGGACGAGAGAUUGAAGGCUGCUCGUCUAGAGCAGAUCACUCAUAAAGAGCGCAUGCUGUCUAUUGAAGCUGGACGAGAGAGAGCUGAGUUUGAGAGGGUCCUGAGGGUCCAGCAGGAGCUCAUCACACGGGAGAAGGAGAAGGAGGAAAAGCAUCAGCAGCAUGUCCUGCGCCACGCUGAGGGGGUCCGGCAGCAGGUUCGGGAGCGGGAGGCUCAGACCAUCACCCGGAGGAGAGAGCUGUUCCGUGAAGGAGAGAAGCUGGACGAAGAAGCACGUAUGCGUCGAGCACGUCUGGACGAGAUUAAAGACAAGAAGCUAAAGGAGCUGAAGGCGGCUGGACUUCCAGAGAAAUACUGCAAUGAUGUAGAGCGGAAGAUUCAUAUCUUACCCACCCUGGUGCGUUGAAGAAUUGACUACGGAGUCACAUCAAAAAAAAAAAAAAAACUCUACAAUAUCUUUUACCGUGUAAUAAAAAAAUGAUCCAAUAAAAAGUUCU